AUGCAUCUGAAACGUAUAGAACAUGUGGAAAAAAAUGGAACACGAAAACUCUAUUUGAGCAGUUUACAAGCACUACUUGCCGCUUUACAUCCAACAGAAAAUCCAGAACAAAAACCAAUAUAUUUAGAAAAAUAUCGAAUUCUUAUUCAAGCGAUUCUUGCGUCGGAACGAAAAGAUAGUGAAUUGCAAACGCUCUUCUACAAAGGUCUUCGAGAUCUUGGAACAGAUUUUCCUUCUGAAUUUGUUAAACUCGAUCCUACUGAUGUUAAUAUGCAUCUGAAACGUAUAGAACAUGUGGAAAAACAUGGAACACGAAAACUCUAUUUGAGCAGUUUACAAGCACUACUUGCCGCUUUACAUCCAACAGAAAAUCCAGAACAAAAACCAAUAUAUUUAGAAAAAUAUCGAAUUCUUAUUCAGGCGAUUCUUGCGUCGGAACGAAAAGAUAGUGAACUACAAACACUCUUCUACAAAGGUCUUCGAGAUCUUGGAACAGAUUUUCCUUCUGAAUAUAUUGAACGUCUUUUACAAAUGCAAUACAAUUCAAAAUUAUAUCCAGAACUACUUAAAAAUCUAAUUAAUUUUACCGGUGUUCGUUUAUCGAAAUUCAACACUGAAUUAGAAUUACCUAUUGAUACAACUGAUUUAGAUGAUCUAAAAGAUGCAGAUUUUCUUUUACCAGAAUUUUAUCGAACUGAUUAUUACGGUAUGUUUCUUGUUGCAAUUAUUGACGUUGGUUGUUCACCUGUAGCAUUGCGUCUUUUACCUAAUUAUAAAUCAAAUGUACGUUCGACAGAUCAAUUGCUAUGUCUCGACGUAAUGUCUGCUCUUGCAUUGAAUGAUCACCUUAUUGAAGCUUGUCAACUAUUUGAACAUCUCUCAUCGCUAUCAAAAUUAUCAGCUCAAUCAUGGUUUCAAUAUUCGGAAUGGUUAAUAGCGUUAUCGAAAUUUCAUGAAGCAUAUGAAGCUCUUGAACAAACAUUAAGACUCGACUCACAAUACAAUGAAGCACGUUUAUCGUUAUCAGCAUUACAAAAGCAAAUUGGAUUGAAUGAACAAAGUCAACAUACAUUAGCUGAAGUUGUGAGUCGACCAAUAAAAGAAGAAUUAAAUGACAAAAGUGAUUUUCAAGAUGAAAAUGAUGAUGACGAUGAACAACAAGAAGUAACUGUUGAAAAAAUUCACUUAUUAGUUGAACGUUGUAUUACACUUUAUGAUCAAAAUCAAUUAACAUUUUUUAUCCCAUGUGCAAUGCAGCUGUUUUUUGGUUCAAUAAAAUAUUUGCUAACAGUUGACUGUUCAAAACGUUUAAUUAAUUGUGGAACACGAGCACGUCGUCUUGAACUGAUACAAAAAUUAGUCGAUGAAAAACGUAUUAUAUUAAAUCCAUCCUAUACGAGAAUAAAUACAGUAUUAAAAAAUCGUAUUAUUGAUUUAUAUGGAAAAUUUUGUGAUGUGCUUAUACAUAUUAAACGGCAUGAUCUUCUUUUGAGAGUUACUGCAGCUGGAACAGUUAUUCCAUUUCUUUAUGCAAGAAUUGAUUGGCUUAUUCUCACGGAAUUUCUACUAUUCAUUAGUUUAAUGUUACAACAAAAUGGUGAUCUUGCCUUUCAAACAUGCCGAGAAAUCUUUCGAUGUUAUUCAAAAUCAUCGGUUAUACAAAAUUUAUUUGCAUUAACAGCAACAAUAACACCAAGUGUUCGUUUACAAAAAUUUUGUGUACGUUCAUUACAAAAACGACCAAAUUCACCAAUACUUCAUCAUAUGGUGGGCAAUUUUGCAUUGAUUGGUGGAACUUAUCGUUUAGCAAUUAUUCAUUAUAUGAAAUUAUUUCGUUUGACACCAGAUGAACCACUUGUUUCAUUAUUACUUGCUAUUUCAUUUGUACAUGUUGCUUGCCAAAAAUAUGCUUACUCUCGACAUCAACGCGUUCUUCAUGCGCUUGCUUUUCUUAAACAAUAUAGAAAUUUACGUGGAGAAUGUACGGAAACCUAUUAUAAUAUUGGUCGUUUGAUGCAUUUUCUUUCGCUGCAUUAUGCUGCUGCUUACUUCUAUCACAAAUGUUUAGAAACUGAAGCACCUAUUGUUGAUACUGAUGAUAUAUAUGGAUUAAAAUAUCAAGCAGCUUAUAAUCUUGCUUUAAUUUAUAAAGCAAGUAAAAAUGAAAAAUUUGCUCGACAUAUUAUUCGAACGUAUAUGACUUUGUAA